AUGGAGCGUGGGAUUACAGAGGGCAAAAUCGAGUCGCCCACUCCAUCCAGCCAACUCCCAGAGCAGCAAGUAUGUCAGGAUGCCUCGUUCCCCGGUACACAGGACUAUCGGGACGAGGCAGAAACCCGUCUAGAGAUUGUCAAUGGAACUUCGGAUCUGGUCAGUAAUACUGCUCAGAGACCAAGCAAUGGUCGAGUUUUCAACGGCAACACGUCUUUUUUCCAUCCUACCCCAGAGGGAAAUCCGAUGGAUAUGAUCUCCCCGGACCUCGUGUCUUUUCCGAAUACCAGCCCAGAUGGCGGAGCCGAGUUCAACCAUUCCAUGAUGGGAUUCGAGGGCUUUCUGCCAGGCGACUUCAACUUCAUGUCUUACGAUCCUGCCCCGAGGAUUGGCGGUGGUGUGGACUGGCUCAAUCUCGACCUUGACUCUCCCGGUACUGGCGAACUUCAAGCUCACUAUCAGAGUGGAGCUUUUGGGCAACCGAUGUAUUUUCAACCAUCGAUCCCGCUUGACCUGCAAGAGCCGCUGCAAAACAGAAGCCACCAAGCCAUAUCUGCACAACUAAUGCCAAUUCGACACCAAGAAUCCAAAAACCUUUCGACCAAGUCGUCCGAGUCGCGAGCCACCUCUCAGCAAUGGCCCUUUGACCACACACGGAACCCUGAAUCUCAGCGAUACAGACUGCCUCCUUUACGAGACAUUUUACAAGGCACUGUUGCCUCUAGUGAAACUAACAAUGGGACCACUAUCAGAAGUCUGAUUCAGCUGCUGUCGUCACCAUACUUACCAGAGCAAGAUCUCUCUCACGACCCGAGCAUGAAAUCUGCAAUGGAGCUGCUGAAAAAUUCCUUAGAUUUGUACUUUGCAGAGUUCCACAACAUUUUGCCUCUUGUACACGUUGCCACCUUUCAGAUGACCAAAGUCCCUACCGUCACACUGGCCGCCAUGGCUUGUAUUGGAGCCAUGUACUCGGACGACCAACAGGGGACAGAGCAGUCGUGGUCUUUGAGUGAAAUGUGCGGCCAAAUGAUUGCAUGGCUGGGCGUGGGAGAUAGCACUCGCUUUUACAAUGCGCCGUAUCUCAUUGCUUGCUGCCUUCACCAGAUCUAUUCUCUUGGCUCUGGGAAUAUGAGGCUUUACGCAAACGCAGAUUGCUCGAGGGGCAUAUUGAUGGGUUGCCUCCGCGGGAUGGGUCUGUUAAAGUCCCGUAUCAGCACCGAGGUUGAGUGGGAAGAUUUCAAAAGCCCCCUGCCCAACGAGAAUGCAGCAACCGAGUGGCUGAGAUGGAAAGACCAGGAGCAAGAAAAGCGCAUUGCUUGGUCUUCUUUCGAGUACGACUGCACUUUGUGCACCUUAACCGCGCGACGAGGUGCUGCUGACUUACAAGAACUACCGUCUUUUCUGCCCUGCACUGAGCCUUUGUGGGAUGCGAGAUCCCCUCAAGCCUGGGCAGCUCUUUACUCACGCCUUACCCCGACCGCCCGAGGAGCAUCGACCGCGAAAAUACUUCGAAAUCUUCUGGCUGGAAAAGGUAUCCCUGAGGAUCUACCGGCGUGGGGAAAGAGGCUGUGCGCACAGAGCAUUGGCCGGCUUCUUUGGGACAUCAAGCAAUUGGAUAUCAUGGCGACCACCGAGUACCUGAAACUCCCUUCUCUGGCUGCGGCUCAGAGACAGACUAAAAGCACUCUACUGCAAGGACUCAAUGCGCUUUGUGAAUCCAUGUAUUCUCUAACUUCUACCGCCGAUCUCAUCCACUACAAUCUUACCGCGCUUAUCUGUCAUUACUCUCACUUAUAUAGCGCGGACGAGGCUAUGGAUCUCAUUGUCCAUAUCUUCCGCUCUUCUGCCUCGCAGUCGAAACAACUCGAUCAGAGCCUUGUGUCGGCUAAGCGACGCCUACGCUCGAUACUUGUGAAGAAUCCCACAAAAGCUCGUAAUCUAGCGUGGCACGCAGCUCAGAUCAUUGCCGUGGCAAACGAAUACCUAGUCUCUGCGCCUUGUGAGAUUAUGCGGACGUUCAUGGGCUACAUCUUCAUCCUUGCCUUUGCCAAAUUCGGACCUCAGCCCUGCUCAGACCCUGGUUACGCCUCAUGCCCUGUUCGGCUCGAUUUGCCAAAUCGGAUUGAUGGCCAACGGACCGCAAUUGCGACCUGGAUCGAAAACGGAGGGCCCGCAAGCAUUGGUGCUGUUGAGAACAUCUACACGAGUGGCAGUCUCGAAGCGAUCAGCCACGAAGCUCAAGCCAUGCUACGGAAAAUGCGCUUCUGGAAGCUCUCCAACAAGUUCAGCCGAAUCCUUGAGAGCUUUGACUUUGAGAGUGAUUAG